AUGGGCCAGUUUGUGGUUUUUGUCGUUUUGAUCGGUGUUUUCUUCGCAGGACUGUCUUUCAAGUCACUGUGUUUCUAUUUCAUUGUCACUGGCGUAAGCUUUGGCUUGACAUACUUAUUUGUCGCAAAUAAAUGGGAGCUGGAUGGUCUAUUCGAGGAGCUAUUCAAGAUUCUCGAGCUGUUCGGUUUCGGAGCACCUCAUAGUCUCGAAAACAGAAUUCCUUACUCGUCUGCUUUCACAGAUGAUAAUUUUUACCACCUGGAUGAGAUUCCCAAGCCUUUGGAGGAAUGUUUCAAAACGCUUAUCGAGAACAUUAUUCGUGAUUUUAUACGUUCAUGGUACAAAGAUGUCGGAGAAGGGGAAGACUUCAUCUCAGAAACAAGGGAAUCUCUAGAGAUGUUGUGCAUGGAGGGGUACAGACGUGCGUCGCAGAUUGAUUCUCACUACUUGGUUGAACAAGCCUUGGUGGUUUUUCAUGAACAUCUACAAAGGUUUAAUAAAGCAACGGCAGUUGUGAAGGCAAAAGACCCAAAACUGAGGCUUAACAUUAGUUCCUCACAACUUCUCUGUCAAACCUAUGAAUCUCAAUUAACUUCCACACCACCAUCGCUUUUGAGUCCAUCAGCAGAACUCAGUUACUUAAGGAAUGUUAUUGAUUCACUAUUAGUCGCAAUGAGUCCAAAAGAAACCUAUAGUUGUGACACAGGAAGAUUCAUUUUAAGAGAAAUUUUAACUGUGCAAGUGAUGCUACCUUUAGUUAGACUUAUGACAGACCCAGACUGGAUAAGUCAGGCAGUGAUUGAUAUUUUGUCAGAUGACAAUGAUGUGCAGGUUAAGGAAGUUAGUAAAUCAAGUGUGAAGGGGAGUCAUCCUGUUGUGGAAAGUUGUGAUGAACCCAGAAAUGCUGUAAAGUCACAGUUUACUAAAAAGAUACAUACAGCCCCAGUGACAGAGAGCAUCCCACCAGAUCAUGAUCAGGAGAAGUCAAAGGAAGAAGGAAUGAAAAAUUUCCCUAGGAAAGAAAGUAAGGAAUCUAUCGACGACCCGGGAGAGAGGAUUGAAAUUACAUUUCCAGGAAGUGAAGAAAACCCAGAUUUCAAGUGGUCAGUAAGUUCUCAAAGGCAGCCUCCAGUUGGAGAGAGUCAGCAUGAUAAUUCAGAGUCCUUUUUGGUUAUUUCAGUGGAAGAGAACAAAGAGGAGUUAAGUAGGAGGGAAGAGCAAAGUCCAAAUGAAGGAAACUGGUCAACAGAGGUUGCUCCACCUUCUUCAGUAGAAAACCUGACAUCCUUUAGUUUAUCAUCGUCAUGGGGAAUUUGUCCAUCAUCCCGAGACAGAUCUUUUAACACAGGUAGUUUUGAAGACAUGAAAGCAAAUCUCUCAAAAGUUGAAAGUAAUGAUGUUGGGGGAAGGCUGGGAGGACUUGGAAGCAACUUAAAACAACUAACUUGCUGUCACAAAUUUGAAGAAAGUGUUAAUCAGGCUGCGAACCACCAUAAGUCAAAACAAAAGGGAAGUAAUGUGGAGGAUGAGCCAUCUCCAAGGGUCAGAACUAGAAGCCUGUCUCUUCCAGGAUGUGAUGAACUCUUUGAAAAUAGACCUAAUGGUGAACUCAUAAGAUCUGUCAGUGUACCCAGCAGGUUGGAAAUUGCAGAUUUCAAUGAUUUUGAAGAAUUUUUCACUCCAACCAGUCCAAGAAGAUUUAACAACCCUCAGUUGUAUGGCAGAAGCUUUUGUAGCAGCUCAGACAGCUUUAAGUCAAUGUCAAGUGAAGAAGAACUUUUAGAUGGAUAUAUUGAGAGGGGAGAAGAAGCAUUUGAGCAUUGUGAAGAUGUUAGGUACAGUAUGGGCUCUCACUGGGGAGGUGCAAGACAGAGAAUAACUAAACAAGCUUCCUUUGAGGAGUCCCACGAGAAACAAUCAUCCAAUUCUUCUCCAGGAGCUUUGACUAGUUCUAAAGACAUAUUGUUACCAACCAACUAUGAAAGAUUAAGAAGCACCAAAAGAGCACUGCAAAGUCAAAAGGAGAUAUCAGAGUUAGCAGACAUCAAGGAAUCCUCUUUAGAAGAUGCAGGAAAAGAUCACUCAGGCAGUGGUGCUGUCCCUCAACAGAAGCCUCUACAUUUUGGAUUUGGAGCAAACAAUACAGAAUCCUCCUUUGGUGAUGUUUUUCUAACUGCAGGAAAGAAACUUGUCAACAUCAUGAAGUUUGAUAGCCUGAGCAGCAGUAGUGCAAAGUCAACAGAAACAAGUUCCCUUUCAGGAAGCGAAUCCCUAGAUUAUACUUCAGGGAAUCAAAGCAAAGUUGCAACAAAGAAAGAGUCAUUAGGUGAUGGAAGAACAACAUACAGUUCAUUUAGUGGAAGACGGUUAUCAAGAAGUGACGCUGUGAUCCAAGAAUCUGUGGAUAGUGGAGGAGAGGCAUAUUUUGGAACACCUAGGGAGGAUCAUGUACAAGAGAUUAAGGAUAUGAAAAGGAAGGGAGAAACAGUAGAUGGAAGUGAUGUGGGAGUGGUGAAGAGAAUGCAUCCUAGUCAAUUGAUUACCAUUCCCAGCACAAUUGUAGCUCUUGAAACAACAUGGGAACCAGGGAGAAACAAGUACACAUUGUACAAAAUAGAGGUACAUAUUGUACUAUAGUAUUUGAAUGUUGUUUACUAAUAAAGCCUAACCUUUAGGUGGAAACUGAAGCUAAGUGUUAAGGUUUGGAUUCAGACCAAAUCUAACGUUAGUGCUCAUCUGAUAACUGAUAACACAGAUUUUACCAGUGUGCAACUUCUUAUCUUGAAAACAAGAGUUAAAUUGUACAUUUCAAUUGUUAAACUACGUAGGUUUACUGUUAUAAUAAUACACAUGAAAAGUGCUGAUUGGCUAGAAAAGAGUGAAGUUAUCUUGUAACAUUAGUGCCAAUUUGUCUUGAGAAAGGACCAUGAUGAACAUUUUUAACAACAGCCAAGUUUCCUUUAUUGUUGGCCACUAAAAGCAUGGUCCUGGUUGUUUGAAGGUUGGAUAAUGCUAACCACUGGAUAAAUCUCUAUCCAGGUGAUAAUGCAAUAUGUUUUGCAACUGCGUUUCUGUAGGGUUGUAAGUUAUCCAUUGGAUAGCAUUAUUCACUCUUUAUAUUACUGGGCUCUGGACCUGAUGUUUCGAAACAGCAGGCUGGCUGUUCUUUUCAAGGGCAAUGUAACAUUCUUAUUAUUUUUGGGUACUUUUCUAGGUUUUUAAAUAUAUUAUUUAAUUAGCAAUUGUAAGUCAGUAACUAAGUCGAACUAAUGAUUACCUAUGCUAGUUGGUCUUAAUUGUUUUUGUUGUAACAUUUGUUAGUAAGAAGUUGAAAAAGGCUCUUACUUGGUGUAGAAGACACAGUCGACAUAAAACAAUAGGGAGUAUAAAGUCAAAAGAAUGAGGAAAACAGUAAAAACUACAGAUUAAUGAGGCAGUGUUCUAUUGUGAUUUGUUCUGUGUGUUCUGCAUCAAGAAGGAGACUUUGAAGCUGCCGUGAACUAGGUUUUCAUAGGGUAUAUUUAAGUCAUGCAUGCUUGUUGCAUUUGUAGUACUUUUUUCACAAACAUUGUUGUCACAAAUUCAUUUUGUGUUUGUUGCUGGUUACUUUGGACAGUAUGACAUUAGGAUUUGGAAUGAUGUGUAUAAAGCAGCAAUUAAGGAAGCUAACAAUGCAGCAAAGAAAGAAAGAACAAAGAGAAAGCUCUAUGCUGGUACAGAUAAUCCACCAGAGGAUGUGGAAAUUUCAAUGGAUAUGAUCAAGAGAAGUGUCCCCCUGAAGCGUGUGAUAAACCGACGCUACAGAGAGUUUAUGGAGCUUCAUAAUCGUUUAACUGGUGGAAAGCUGUCAGGUUACAUGAAAGGUGAUUUAAAAUUAGAAUUUGUAAAUCGAGGCCUAUGUUAUGGAAAUAUUAUUUUCAACGUAAACAUAGAUUCAAUUAACCCCUCUACAUCCUAUUGUCAGUAUACAUAUUCUUCAUACUAUUCUCUAGAAACUUACCUAGGGUGUUGACAAAGCAAAGUUGCUUAACAAUGAAGAGCCUCUCUAGAGCCUCAAAGAACAAAUUUUCGCUCAAAAUUUCCGUUAUCAAACAUUUUUAAACUUCUUUAUAUUUCCUAUCAACAUCUGUUUUGAAAAAUACAAUUAAAAAGAUAGGUCACAGUGCUUAUUUAUGAGAUGAGAUGGUCUAAACUUACACUAUUUAUACAUGUACUUGCACAAAUCACGCAUGACAUUUCAUAGAUUCACAGCACAUUUUGCAGCAGCUGGAAGCAAGGGUUUUUGGGCUAACACAAGAGAGAGGUAGAAAGUCUUGGCCAUAAUGGAACAAUUUCAUAUAUAAUUUGUUGAAAAAUCACGAAAUUUAAACAAUAUCAACUCAAGAUGUUCCUAUUGUGAUUGCUCUCAAAGCCAUAAUUUUCAUUUGCAGGUAGUGGGCUGUGUGCUGGCUUUUAGCUAUAUCUCUCCCUUCAAUGAAUUUUUUUCAUUUCUUCAAAUAGAAAGGAAUGAUUUGUACACCAAAAUUAUGCAAUAAAAUAUAUGGGUCACUGUGCAUACCUCUAAACUGGCCUAUUGAUUGAAAAACAAUACAGUGAUCUCAGAAUAUGCACACUUAUUCUCCUGAAUACAUGAAUUUUUAAUGCAGUGCAGGAUGCGCAAUGCAAUACUGAGGAAUCACUUUAAGGAAAUCUACCACAGGUAAAAAAUAUUGGAGCAGUCUUGACAGAACAAUCACUCAAUCGUCACCAACAUUUUGAUGUCUUGUGUAGGGCUCGAAGAACAUAUCAUUUUAAAAAAUGCAUGCUUAGAACUGGUUGCCAGGGAUUUCAAGAGCUAUAGCUUAAACUAUUUUAAAAAACAUUCUCAAGGGGAAAUUUUCAAACAUUUCUUUGGACAUUUUUAAAACUGUGCCCUUAAAUAUUAAAGCAGUGUCAAAUUACAGUCUGUUCUGUUCAGAGGUAAAAGAUAUUCUGAAGAAGUGUCACAGUGACAUUUCAUUUUGUGAUUUGUCUUUUGUUUUCAAUUGAUAAAUCUUAUGAUAUAACUGUUUUGUUUAUGAUGCAGAUAUUCUGAAACCCAAUAGGAAAUACAAUCUGCCAUUUGGAAGACUUGACCCUCAUGUGGUAGAGGGAAGACGGGAACUCCUGCAACAUUAUUUAUGGGUGAGUUUAUCAAAAUCAUACACUUGGCAGCACCUCCCUUUUGUAGAACACAACCUUAAAUAUACAUUAAAUGAAAUAUUUUAUGAUUUAUUGGUCUCCAAAUUGUCAGCAUUAAUUAGCCAAGACUUGGUCAAUGGUUCUUUCAAAUGUUUUUUUUACAGAAGACAUACAGCUAGGCUUUGAUAGAGUUACAUGUGAUCAGUGUGGUGAAAAAAUCUUCUUACCACAUUUGCUUUUAGAGCCUAAUUUUCAAACCAGCUUUACGCAGUAGUGAAGACCUGAAGCAGUUUCUUGGUGUGACUGGAGGAGAACAGAUAUCUUUCAUUAAACCCAGUGUAGCACAGAUUGUGAGCCAGUCAGUUCAUGUUCCACGCGUUGACAAGGUAUGUCUUUUAUGACUGACUUCAGUGACUGUAGUGUAUGAGCUUGAUAUUGUUUUUAAAAAAUCAUAAGAUGAGAAACAUUUCAAUAAUGACUGUUGAGAAAUGCUGGACAAGGUUUGUGUGUACCCUGUAAGGUAACAAGUCUUUGAGAUUAGUUCAGAGAACAAAUAGAUCUGUUUCAUCUUGUGAUUUUACAUCUUUAUCACUUUUUAUCAGCCAGCUGCUAAGUGACACCUCAUUAUGCUGGCCAUGUGGAAAGUUUCUUUACGUAUAAGUGCUAUAACAAUUUUUUUCAUUUGAUUGUACCAGAUGCUGAGUCGGCAAGUGACCAAAGUUAUUGACAGUAUCAAGACUGCUUUUGAUUCAGGUAGCUGUCUAUUUAGAAUGUUUCUUAACCCUUCAACUCCCAAGAUCUGAUUGAUAAUUCUCCCCUCUAGCUGCUAUCCUUGUAAACCAGUUAUGAGAAUUUAGUGUUAGAUCAAGAUAACUACCUAAUAAGUUGGAUUUUUCUCAUUACCUGUUUGUAGGAUAAUGUAUGGAUAUUAUAGGGAGAAGUUCCAUGUUAAUCACUUCUGGGAGUUAAAGGGUUAAGUGAGUAUUUCCUCUCAUACCUGAUGUAAAGUGGCAAUAAUUUUAAUUCUACUUCCCUUUCAGUUGAAGAGGAAGAGAAAGUAUCUGAGGAAUGUGCCACUACUACUACUACAAGUGAAGAUGUAGUAAUUCCAUGGAAACUAACCUGUUAUCACGAUGGUGCUUCUGGAAAAUCAGUAAGAACAGAUAAAGAAAAAGGAGAAGCUUUGGUUUUGAAAAUUUUAUGGAUGUUCAGUGUUUUCUGUUUGGUUUAUUUUGACACAUUGACCAUCAUAAACAAAAUGACAUAUUGAAUUAUAAAUACAUUGAAUAUCAUGGUUGCCUUUUUUUUCAAAGGAAAUAAGAUCAUGUUGCUGAAAGGAGACAGCAAAUGCAGGGUUUUUGUUCAUGAAUAUUCAUCUGCUAUCUUUGAUUUGAAAAGAGAAGAGGAUUGUACAAUAUUUUAGGAAAUUCUCUGUACAGGCUUUUAGUGCCCAAGUCAUAUAGGCUCUGGUGAUGGCCAAAAUCAUAGGUAGAGGUAAAAUAGAUGAAACUAUUGGUCCCAUUUAUAAAGUCUACACUCUACCUGUGCUCAUGGCAACAGAUUCUAAUAUGAGCAGCCUUUCUUGCUAUAAAUGAAAUCUGGUUUUGUGACAUGUGCAUGUGAUUUUUGUAAUAUUAAGUAUUUUAAUGUUGAGCCAUUAUUUUCAGGGAAUUGGUUUUGAUCAAGAGAGUAAUUCAAAAGAGUCUUACUACUUGGCAUUUCUUGCCUACCACGAAGAGUUCACUCCACCCACUCCACCUUCACCAAUUCAGUCCCACUCAGAAGAAAAAUACAAAAAUAGUGAUGAACAAGAUGGAUUUCACCUCUGGAAGGAAAAGUUGGACAAGAAUGUGGCAGAUUCUGACUCAGAGGAAGAAGCUUCCUUGUGGGAUGCACGUCAGUCAUUAGGACCUCGCACAGCUGGUGAUGGAAGUGACAAUCCUGAUGACCCUAUUCCUGCUCCAGCAGGCCAAGUAUUAUCCUUCCAAAGAGUACGCUCAGGAGCCAUCUUCAAGAAGUAUUUACCCAACAAUUCACUAGCACCUGAGUCUUUGGCUGCAAAUCAACCUGCUCCAAGGAGCAAGUCUAUGGAGGAGAUUGCCUCUGUGCCAUCUACUAGCAAGUUUCAGUUCAAACCACAAAAGAUUUUGGAAGUUGCCAAACGAAUUGGGCAGGGAAACAGGAGUGAAUCUCUAGAGAACCUUGAUACACUGUCCACUUCUAAGAAACCAGGUACCUUCAAGAAAUCUCUGAAAGAAAAUUCAGUACCCAUUCUUGGUGCAAAUCCUAAGAAGAGAAAAUUUGCUUCCUCCACGGAGUUGCUACUUCAUCCAGAGGAACCUUGCAUAGUCUCUAAAAUGGAUCAGCCAAGUAACCCUGAGAGUGGGUCUCAUAUGGAUAGGAGCUCAGCUGGGUCAGAUCUUCAGUGUCCUCUUUCAGAAACCAUUCUUGCUCUGCUGUGUGAGCUUCUUAAAGAACGUAGAUCUUGGUUGACAAUUGACAGAGUUCAGCAAGCCUUCAUGGCCAUUUUUGGAGGGCUGUUUGAAUGGUAUGGCAUGGGUUAUAUGUAGGUCCCAAAAACCUUGUAUCAACAAGAAAUUUAUGAGCAUUAAUUUGAAAAAAACUUCACUUAAAAUACUAUCAACUGAUGGUAAAUUAUGCAAACAAGUUGAGAUUAACCCUUCCCCCUAUGUUAUUACUAGAAACAAGUAGCUUUUCAUUGUCAAAGCAGGGUGUUCAAAUGUUAGAUAUUGAAUUCAUAAUUACACUUAAAUGCCCCUGUUCUAAAGAAUUUUUUUGAAAGUUUUAUUUUUGUUUUGAGAGUAACUUUCAGUGUUUUCUUGUGUUGAAUUGAAGGCAGAUUCAAAGUGGAGUAGAUGACAUCACAACUGAUGACAGCUGGGCGCUGUAUCUCAACAAGCUGAUUGAAGCAUUAUGGCCUGGUGGAAAGUUACGUCAAGAGCUUGAAACACCAAAAAGUGAGCUGGAAAAGUCAAGAACAAGAAAGGAAGCAGCGCAUGCCUUGAUGAAUGCAUUCCCAGGUUAUAUGAUAUUGCUUAAUUAUAAGUAACAGAUUUGAAAGUAUAAGUCCAAUGGGGAAUAUUUUGAGUUUAAUAGACAAAAUGUAAAGAAAAAGUCCAUAGGAACAAUUGGCUAAGAGAAUUUGAACUCAACAGUUAAAGUCUAUAGAGAUUUGAGACCUCCAUGACUGCAAGCAAAAUAUUUGUUAUUAACAAUUACACAAUAUUUACAGGGGUAUGUCACACUGUGAGUUUGUGCUCUGGGUUCCUUCAGUUUGCCAAUCAUAGGUGUCAAAAGCAAAAGCAGAGCAUAUUGGCCAGACUUUCAUGUUUUCUUAACUAUAAUUUACUCUGUAAGGUUUGACAAAGAAAGACUCUCUGAUAACACAACAGUUGUGUUAUCAGAGAGUCUUUCUUUUUACUGAUGCUGAUGAGGACUUCUUUUUGAAAGGAAAUACUAGUCAUUAAGACUAUAUUUUGUCUCCACUACACAACAAAUAACAUAGUAGUGUAAAACCAAGUACAUGUAAGGUUAUUUAGAUGAGCCUGCCGAGAACCAACCUGAGACAUAUUGCCCAAGGCAUACAUGCAUGAAUACAUUUGCAACUGAUAUACCAUAUACAAUCCUGAUAUGCAAUCAAUUCCUUACAUGCUAAAAAAUAGGUAUACAUCACUAGCAUGUUAACUUUACCAAGUCAGGAUAAGCAGAGAUGGGCAACCGCUUCCAAUAACAUUACUAUGGUUAUACGAAGGCUAAAAAAAACCUGCCAGAAAAAACCCCUUUGGGGAAAAAAUAUGACAGGAAAUCUGAGUAGGAACCAUGGCCCAAACUCAAAGCAGUUAGCAGCCCAUCCUACAAAGCUUCACAGUUAUACAAAAUAAUUUUCCAAACAAAAGUAAAUUUGGUAUCAGCCAAAGGUGCAAGGUUGGUUCUGAAGCCAAGAUGGACAUCAUGAGCUAUACUUCCCCUUAUAUACCACUGCAUCAUUAUCCAUGAUGCUUGGGCCUGAGGCCCAGGUCUUGUUGUAUCUCAUGCCAACAGAAUAUUUAUUUUGGCUGCCUUAUUUGCAGACUUAAUCGUCAGAAAUAUCAUUUUCAUUCUAUUUUCCAGGUUUUAUCAUGUUGUUGAUUGGUCCUCGAGUUUACCAUCAGACUGCUGUGAACAUCAUUGACUCUAUGCAAUAUCCCCAAAUCAACAAGUAAGUUAUAUGCUAACUUACAUUUUUACAAUGAUUGUGUACACGGUUGUAUUAAGUCAUCUACAGAUUGGUCAUUCAAGCAAAUCCCAGACUUAGCAUGGAAGACAGUAAGGAGAAUUACCAAUGCAAUCUUUGGGUGAAAGGGUUAAACAGCCUCACUGAAAUAUAUUUGUGCUUUCAUUGGUUACUUUUAGUCAUGAAAAUGUUAUAAACAAAAUUAAUAAUUCUUGCAGGGAACCCAAGUAUAGUUGAUGCAAAUGGUAUUUAAAGUUCUAAUAAGUCACUUCAUGUUAAAAAUUUUUCUCCUGACAGAAUCUUGGUUUACACUAUGUUGGAGUUGCUUUUUUCAGAAUUUGUGCCAGAAAUUCAAGACAGCCUACAGUUCUAUAGACGUGUGACAAGAGAAAAGUAACUUGUUAUGUAACACGUAUAAUAAUUUAGCUUAUAGGAGAUAAGUGAAUGUUGCUUUUUAUGCAUGCUGAUUAGCUUGUUCAGAAGUGAGUAGCAAGUACUAUUCUCUGCCAAGCAGCUGAUGAGACAAAAAUUGAACAUCAAGAGGUUAAUUUUAGACCAUUAUUAUAACUAUUUGUUUGGCAUUUGUGUGGUGUAUAGUAAAAUGAUUAUGCACCUCAAUGUCAGUGAAAGUGGUGGAUAAUUACCUUGCUGCUUCCCAGCUCCCUAAUAUCCACCACAAGUCACUUCAGUAAAUAAUUGUUAAAUAUGACAAACAAAUAGUUAAGAACAGUUUGCAGCAUAUUGAGACAAUCAUUUGGUUGCGUGAUGCUACUUAUCUGAUGAUUCAAUGUCAUAUUAGGUUUUUUAUUGACUAAAUUUUAUUUUCUUGGAAAUGUGAAGUGUUACAGAGACUUUACUCAACUUGUUCAGUGCAGUAAUAGAGAGAAAGAACAAAAACAUGUCAGAUGAACUGCUUACCUAAUUAUCCACAUUUUGCAAUGCCUGUGCUGUUGUAACUCUUUGAUAGUCACCUUCAUAUGUGGCUAUGUGUUGCAUUUGGUGCUGGGCAUUUUGUAUAUUGUUAGUCUGUGUGCAUGAGGUACUUGCACAUCAUAGCCAGCAUAUCAGUUGAUUGUCUCUUCCCAGUCUACUUACUAGGUAUUAUAGUGUAGCCUACAGUUUAGUUAGUAAUUACCUAAGAGAAACUUUAAAUUGGAAGUGAAUGGUGUGGUUAAUUAAAUGGAAAAAGGUUAUUUAUUAAAUUUUUACACAGAUUUUGAUUUUUGUUCUUACUGCAUAUGUUAAAUUUCAGGUCAAUUGUCAGAAGUAAGAAAUAAAUUAUAUCCUAUUUAAUGUACAAUCAAAGAUAUUACAUAAGACUAGUAUAGCAUAUUUAUGAUUUGUCAAAUUUAAUUAUUAUGUUCCUUUCAAGUGGGGCAGAAGAAGGUGUUGACCAUAUUGAGAAAUAUCAAAAAACAGAAUUUGAGAAUCUAAGUACUGAUUUUUUAUACUAUCACACAAAGUUGAAUUACAUCACAUUGCAUUACUUAUUGUUUAAAAUCACCAAUGUUUUACUUGAAGUUAAAAAAUGCAGUAGAGUGGAAUAAAUGAAGACAUGGCAUUAAUAUAGAUCACAUGCCUAAGGUUGAUGUAUUUAACUCUAUCAGGUCAUCUCUCUAUCCACAAAUAUAAUCAUCAUUCACCUUAUAAUGGCAUCGUGAUAACACUGAAAGGUUAAGUUUUAAGUGAAACUUUUAUUUUGUUAUUUUUAUUGCUUAAAUUUUUAAUGGCUGUUGUAUAAAAUGACAAAAGGCUGCUCCUGGGCGAUACUUUAAUUUGUAUGGUUUUGAUGUAUAUUUGAAAAUUCUCAUUAAGCUAUCUGCUUUUAAAGGCCUAUUUACACGGUACAACUUUGUCGCAUGCGACAAGCUUACGACAGGCCUACGACACGAAUUGUAUCGUGUAAAUCAAACCUACCACUCGCUCACGACUGUCGUGCACGUCACGAAAAAUGUCGUAGGAUUUUAAAACAUGUUUUAAAACGCUGCGACAGUCGUAGCCGAAAUUGAUAGAAAAUGACGUAUUUUGUGACAAAUUUCUACUGAGUAGGGGAGGGGGGUGAAAUUUUCUUGCGUCAAAAUGGCGGAGGAAGUCGCCUCCGGAAAGUCGAAGACUGCUUCCAAAGCGAGAAAUACAUUCUCAGAUGAGGAAACAGAGAAUAUGAUAUCACUGUGGAGCGAGGAAGAGGUUCUUUUCCUUCUCUUGCAAAUUAUUGAAACAAUAACCGCGGCCGAAACGAGUGGAAUUGCACGCGAUUUUGGCAUGUCGUAGGUGAAAAUGUCGUGCGCGUGUAAAUUGUCCUAAGUCAUGUCGUAGGCCUGUCGUAAGCUUGUCGCAUGCGACAAAGUCGUACCGUGUAAAUAGGCCUUAAUGGUGCUGAUAUUGUUAUUUUAGGGGACUGUCACCCUCACUAUGCUCAUUAUGUUUGGGUUUCCUCUUGAGAACAAAAAAUAAUUUAGUUCUAAUUUUUUAAUUACAUUAUUUCUUUUCAAAUGGUCUCUAGUAAAUGUUAUCUUUUGGGACAGACUACAUACCUGAUUUUCAGUAGCUAAAUGUAUUUUCCUUAAACAGAGAAGCCUCAAUUAAGGUCUAUGUUUACAAUUAGAUAUCACAUUUAGUAUCUAGCAAACUAAAGGUACCUUCAAAAAAUGGGUUGUGAUGUAAGAUUAAGCUGUUGUAUGUCAGAUCUCCUACUUGUGGAAUUUCCUUUAAACGGUCUUUUUUAUAAUUGUACAGUUAUAAAUUAGUGGACCAGCCUUUUUUGACAAGGAGGGGGAUGAGGACUUAGUGCUACGGAAGUCACCCUGUAGGUUUUCAUAUUUCAUUCUACUUUUUCAUAGCCUUUUAAAACAGUCUGAAAUGUUCCCUAGAUGUACUGGAUUUUGUUGUUUACCAAUUUUCAUUUGCAAUGUAUUUUGUCUCAAAAUGAAUAACAGUUCAUUUCUGACUACCUCAGUGAAGGUGGGCCCAUUAAUUUGUUAGUGCCUUCUAAUUUGUAGAACCUAAUAGAAGAAUUAUUGUUUACAGUCAUCAUUAUCCUGAUCAUCACUUUCAUGGGUCCUUUUUCUGCUUAACUGCAACUUUAAAAUACAUCUAUAACUACUCAGUUUGGUAUCAUAAGAUGAUUUUGGCCUUUGUCUUUUGCCUUGAAGAGUUAAGCAAUUGUUGCAAGUAUUUUGUUCUGAACUCUGACAAGUGGAGCAACAUCUUACAUCAUCACAGUUUGACUCACUGUACUGUUCGAUCUGAAGGAGUCACCUCAUCUUUUUUAUCACUUGGCAACAGUUACAAUCAAAGACACAAUCUAUACCAAGAAAAAUUCUGCCUGACCCAUUUUUCUCUCCCCUUCAAAUGCCAUUUCAUUUUGCUGGGUGUCCAUAGUCCAAUCCUGCCAUCCCCUCUGUCAACUAAAAAAGAUUGUUUGCAACACAUCUAUUGAGAGAAAUUUAUCCAUUAUAUCAAGAAUUUAUUGAAUGUAUUUAAGAAAGGAUAUGAAAGUACUCAGGUUCUCAGCUA